UUUUGUUGCAGUCUGGAGGAACUGAUGCCAUUGCAUCUUUCGCUAGUUCAAUUUUCAAAAAAGCUGGUUCCUCGGUUAGUUUUGCAACUACAACAAUGGGGACUUAUCCAGGUUUUGACUCCUGAAAUCACAAUGUGACGCAGAACUGUUGCUAAAAAGUUCUCUCAAACUAUUAUCUAUUCAUACUUCUCUUCCAGCUUCCUUUUGCUGCUACAGGCAUAUUAUUACUAUCUACUGGAAGACGGCCAGUUCUGAUGGUUGCUUCGGCUGGGACAUGCUUAGGAAACUUCCUGUAGGUAUAGGCUUUUUGUGUAAGGAUUAUGAUCAAAUGAGUCAGUUCUCUGCCACAUUGGUGGUAACUGGCAUACUGGUAUUCAGUACUAUAUUUUACUCAAUGGGUGUGGUUGGUGCAGCUAUGGCAAUUAUUUCAGAGAUAUUUCCUAUGAACAUAAAAGUAUCAGCUGUAAGUCUUGCCUUCAGGUGUGUUCUUCAUGUUCACAAUCUUUGCCGGGUUGAUGAUUCCAUUUGUUGCAAAGAUAGUACCAGAGACCAAAGGUCGGACGUUUGAAGAAAUUCAGGCAUCCAUGACAUUGCUCAACUGAUAUUGAUUUCCUUUUCAAGAAAAAGGAUUAGUUCAACCCUCAGAUUGACCUGGUGUCAAUUGACUUGAGCCUUGGGUGGUCUCAAGUUCGAAACUCAUUGGGUGCAAACAAUUUCUGAGGGCCAUCGGACCGUGUAA